AUGCAGUUAAUGCAAAAAUUGGUCGCAAAAACGCGGCUGAUUUUGUCGGAUGCCGCCACUGCAGCGUCGGAGCUCAAUGAAGACCGCUUGGUUCUCAGUCGUUUUUAUGGACUGUUUCGCGGACUCUUGCUGGAUUGUGUUAAAAAUUCGGCCGAUGUGAAGGAUCCUCUGCAGGGCUGA